AUGUACAAUCGCAAAUCGGCGCCGAGCCAGCGGCGCACCUCCCCCAUAGGGCUUCGAAGCCUGCGUUCGCGCGGUUCACCCAUUCUAGCGACCACCGCCACCAACACCAUUCCUUCCUCUUCUACCCGUAACCGAAACACCAAAGCUACUACCUCCGUCAAGUCGUUGCGUCAGUCUCUUCCACGGCAUCGUACACUCUCCUCCACGACCUUGUCGGCGAGGUCCCAACGACGCUUUAACCGCGCUUCUGUCACUUCAAUGAUCCUGCGCAGUGCUCGGGUGCUGCCACGAGUCAAGACCCUCGCUCUUCUCACAUUUCGUACCACAGCGUCGGUAGCAGAGACGCCAAGGACUGUACAAUCAGUGGCGGUGGAGACGGUCGCCCCACCGCGUCGGCGCCAUCGAGAUGCGGUGUCGGUGCUGCGCGCGCUGGCAAGCUGUGUUACUCCCCACCUCGGUCUGCCCGCCUACGGCUGUGCCCUCGAGCCUUGGCUCGGUGCCCCUGGCCUGCGCCAACGAUCAAAUCGCUUGGCCCUCUCCGCGGGGCGCAAUGCCGCCCGCCAUGUGGCUCGCAGAUACCUUGCUAAUGAUCUUACGGCUUUAGCCACGGAGACACCGCGAAUAGACUGUCUCAUGCCGCUGCAGACGGGUGAGUCGAUUCGCAAAGAACUUGCGGAGGGUGCCAUCUCCCAACAGGAGGCGAUGGAGCGUCUCCUCCUCCUCCUUGCUCCCAAGGACGCCUGGGAGCUCUACAAAGAUGCUGGGAAUACGGAGAGGGGUAAUGAACACCCCGAGCUUAGGCCGACAGCGUCAGGUAAAUGCGGAGAGGCAGCAUCUCUCCUCCUCCCCCUUGUAUUAGCUCAGAAGUGGGACGCGAAUACGCUUCAUCGACUCCUUGAUUUGCAAUGCGCCACGAACAGCGGUCUGGGGGGUCCUGACUUCUUCGAAAAUCUCCCUUUUACUGAUCGUGGAUCUCUCCCUGAGCCGGAGGAACUGUUCUACGCGGCGGAGAAUCGCGUGUUGGAAGCUCAGAGAGUUUCCAAAAUUUCGGAAACUCCUAUCGCCAGUUUGGAAGAAUUGGAAACCGAAGAGGAGGUUGAAAAUGGGGAAGAGCCGGAAAAAGAUGAUUUGCAAAAGACGAAAUUCGACGCAGAAGAGGUGUCAUCAGCUGAACCUUCUUCUUGGCACAAAGGCUGUCCGGCUGAACAGCUCUGGGCGGCUCACAGCAACGUUCUUCGCUCUUCUGCCGCCUAUGCGGCCAUGAUCCGCGGCGCGGCUCGUUUUGGUGCGGCUGACAGGGCCUGGGAAUUAGCUGAAGAAGCUGUUGCCGCGUCCCACAAACUUCCUCUUCCCGUGUACAAUGACCUCCUACGCUGCGCGCAUGAAUGCUCCAACAGUGAUGAUGUGUGGCUCCGUCUCUGCCAAGGUUUUGAACUUCUUCGGAAAGCAAAGUUACCUCCCAACGCCACUACUUUCACGUUCGCCCUUUUUUCUCUCUACAAGAGUAAUACCAAUGCAUUAAGAGGCGGUAAAUCUCUGGACUAUGUAGACAAGGCGCUUGGACUACUAUGUGAGGCUCGUCGUCUAGGUAUUCAACCCACUCUGGGUCUCUACGCCAACCUCCUUCGUACCGUGCUCACAUCACGCCUUGCACAAUCCGGAAGAGGCUACCGCCUGACUGAACUGCUGGCAGACGUCCUAGCCGAUCUUGAGACCCGCUGUUGGGAGGAGAUAAGUCGAGCGGACAUCUUUGCUAGCACAGAAGACUACGAUUUUGUCAACACUGCCAUGACCUGUGCCAGUGUGGACUCUUCGUCUGCUUCCUCCCUCCAGUUGGUUCAACGAGUCUAUGACCUUCUACAUACUCGGUGUGGUGAUCGACGCUUCCUACUGCGAAAUAGUUUGGAGGAAAGGAACUUCUACUCGCGAUACCUCUUGACGAAGUUAUUACAUGGAGGUGGUGAGGUCAAUGAGUUACGUGAUCUUUACCGCCACCACCGACAGAUUUUUCACGCCGAUCAGGGCGUCUACAAGGCACUCAUUCGUCGAUUGAAGAGUGUGACAGCGAGAUGGGAGGAGACGUUUGAAAGGCUAAAACAAGGCGGGGCGGAAGCAAAGGAAGUUGAUAGGGAGACGCUAGAGGCUUUUGAGGCCUCGGCUUCACUGGCCUAUGAGGUGCUGGGAGAGAUGAUUUUUGAUUUUGUGGCGAUCACUACGAAACUGCCGCGACGACUGCCUGUGCACAUCUCCGACAGUCUAAUGGCAUUCUCUUUUGUCGAUCCCUGGUGUGAAGUGCGCUUGUCCCCCUUGCAUAGCCGUCCCGCGCUGCGAGCUAUUCCCGAGGCGGGCAGUCGGGCUGCGCACCGGGCAGCGGCAGUAUUCAUGGAACUAUUGCGUUGCGAGGAGGCGCGUAUUGCUGCUACCACCUCGACCAUUUUCAUCGCUCCUCUCUCCACCGCCGAGCUUACUGCUCUGGUUCGCAUGGCCCUCCAUCCUACUGCCUUCAACACUGGGACAGAUGGGCAACUAACUGUGGCACAGAGGGAGGAAAACGAACGUGCUCUUGCAUGCGCUACCGAUUUGCUGAUGAUCUCUCGUGGACCUGUGGCUAACUCUGCAGUGCGUGUCUCUGAUGUGGCUGCGGUAGAGGUGCUGUGCGCAUGCUGGCGCACUGAUCCCGAAGUGAUGACCGAGCGUAUAUGGAAUCUGUUGGAGUACCUGGCCGGACUGAAGCACGUCAGUGAACAAUGCGUUCAGCACGUUUUCGUAAAGGACGGUUCUUUCGGGCGUCUUCUUGACGCUGCUGAAGCCUCCUUGACCCCCGAGACGUCCACAAACAGUUGCAGUGCGGAGGCCUCGCCGUCCCCUCUGCGUCUUCAAGUGGUUACCGCAAUUAGACGCAAAUUUCAAGAUCACGAUCCACCCUCUGUGUCUAGUGGAUAA